GUCCUUGGUGGUUCGCUGUACUCCAUCUUCUCUGCUUCACCAACCAAAUUCCACUAACUUACACCGUUUUCUCCCUCCCUCCUCGAGCCAUGCCCGUCGACGGCUCCUCAACUUCCGCCGGAACCGUCUGCGUCACCGGCGCCGGCGGCUUCAUUGCCUCCUGGAUCGUCAAGCUCCUCCUCGAGAAGGGCUAUAUCGUCAGAGGAACCGUCAGAAAUCCAGACGAUCCGAAGAACAGCCAUUUGAGAGAACUGGAAGGUGCGGCGGAGCGGCUGAGUUUGCAUAAAGCCGAUCUUCUCGAUUUCGAGAGUCUGAGAGCGGCGAUCGAUGGCUGCGAUGGCGUUUUCCACACGGCCUCGCCUGUGACUGACGAUCCGGAGCAAAUGGUGGAGCCGGCGGUGAACGGCACGAAGAAUGUCAUAAUCGCGGCGGCCGAAGCCAAUGUCCGUCGCGUGGUGUUUACUUCCUCGAUUGGCGCAGUCUACAUGGACCCCAACCGGGGUCCAGACGAGAUCGUAGACGAGUCCUGUUGGAGCGAUCUCGAGUUCUGCAAGAACACCAAGAAUUGGUACUGCUACGGGAAAGCUGUGGCGGAGCAGGCGGCGUGGGAGGUGGCGAAGGAGAAGGGGGUGGACUUAGUGGUGGUGAAUCCGGUGCUGGUGCUGGGGCCAUUGUUGCAAUCCACCAUUAACGCUAGCAUAAUUCAUAUACUCAAGUACUUGACUGGAUCGGCCAAGACGUACGCCAAUUCGGUUCAGGCGUACGUGGACGUGAAGGAUGUGGCUCUAGCGCACAUUCUCGUCUACGAGACUCCCUCGGCCGCCGGCCGGUAUCUCUGCGCCGAGAGUGUGCUCCACCGGGGAGAGGUCGUUGAGAUUCUGGCCAAGUUGUUCCGGGAAUACCCUAUUCCUACCAAGUGCUCAGAUGAAGUGAACCCAAGGAAAAAAGCAUACAAUUUCUCCAACAAGAAGCUGAAGGAGUUGGGAUUGGAGUUCACUCCAGUGAAGCAGUGCCUAUACGACACCGUUAAGAGCCUGCAAGAGAAAGGUCACCUCCCAAUUCCUACYUGCACUGAACCAGCAGAAUCCAUUAAGAUUCAAUCUUAGUCUUCUCUUAGUUUGGAAUAUGUAGAAAUAAGCUCUUAAUAUGUUUCAAUGUUGUCGUCACAAGUUGUUUCUAUUUUGAACAAUAUGAAUGUGACAUGUAAGCAAGUUUCUCUUCAAAAGUUUAAUCCAAAAUUUUUAUCCAUAUGUGAUUGAUCAUGGUCA